UUUGAUCUUACCUGUUCCUCGAUCCAGCCGCGCGCUGUCUUCCCGGCUUCUGUAAUGGUGCUCGGCAUGACAGCCGGGUGCCCAGUGCGCAUGAGCGAGAAGCACUUGCGCUUUGUGAUUGGUCCGGCGUCUUCUGGGAUCUGUCAUGUGUCCCAGGUACCGCCUUACCAUUCACAAAAAGCACCGCUUCUUGCGCAUGCGCACUUGGCACCCGGCUGUCAUGCCCAAAGCCGGGAAGACAGCACUCCGCUGGAUAGAGGAACAGGUAAGGUCCCGCUGCAGAGCUGA